AUGGAUCCGGGAGAUCCUACUUCGAUACUUUUCACAAAGAUCAGAACUUUAGAACCCGAUUUCGCAUCCAAAAUCAUUGGUUACUUGCUUUUACAAGACUUGGGUAAUAGAGAUUUGAUGCGUUUGGCUCUUGGACCCGACACUUUCUUACAGUCCGUUUGUCUCAAAGCUAAAUCUGCUUUAGGUCUUUCUUCUUCUUCUAAUGGAUCUUCUUCUUCCUCUGCUUCGUCCCCAUUGAACCCUAUCUCCAGGCCCAUUAACAUCCACCGUCACUCCUUGUCUCAGUCUUCAACCGGAAACGGGUUUAUGGAGUUUUCUAGAAACCCUCUGUCUCCUUCUUACACCACCCCUGGCUCACUCGGAAGUAACCCUAACAUGAAUUCGAGUCCGUUUCAAGCAAGUUCGUCUCUUUUUGCUUCAGAUGGUGGUGCUGUUGCUGUUGCUGCUGGUGACUCUACUGGAAACGGCGAUUUACUCGAUGAGCAGCAACUAGGGAACUACUUGUCGUUUCUCAACGAGUCUUCUUCCAAGAACAAGGACGAAUCUGUGGAUCCGUUUGGUUUCUCGUCUGACAAUGGUGGAGAUGCGCAUUUGCAUAAGAGGAGUUUCUCAGCCAGUGAUGCUUGCUUCGGCUCAGAGGAACCCGGAUUUGGCGGCGGCGGUUACAACAGGUUCCAACCCGGUGGUUUGGGUGAUGAUUUUGAUUCUCCUGGUGGUUUUGGCUCGCCGGAUUACGUUUCUAGACAGCAAGAGGAGAUGAUGAGGAUGAAGAUGGCUCAGAGGCAGCGAAUGGCCGCUGCUCAGUACUUGGCGGCUUCUGGUUCUCCAAUGUCGUAUGAAAAAGGUCUCAGUUUGCUCUUGCAUCAGCGUAAUGCGCACAGAUCAGGAGCAGGACAAUUUGGGGAAGAGGGUUACUGGUAUGGUAGUCCAGGCCGGCAUGAAAGGGAUGAGUCUAUGGGAAUGGGAGAUAAAUCUAACUCUGCAUCUAAACAGAUUUACUUGACAUUUCCAGCUGACAGCUCCUUCACAGAUGAAGAUGUUUCCAAUUAUUUCGGCAAUUUUGGACCAGUGCAAGAUGUUAGGAUCCCCUACCAGCAGAAACGAAUGUUUGGGUUUGUCACUUUUGUCCACUCUGAAACUGUGAGAAUCAUAUUGGCCAGAGGAAAUCCUCAUUUCAUCUGUGACUCACGUGUGCUCGUCAAACCAUACAAGGAGAAGGGAAGAAUCCUUGAAAAAAGGCAGCAGCAACAAAUGCUGCAGCAGAUGGAGAGAGGAAACUAUUCUCCUGGUUCAAGUCCAUCUGGAAUGGAUUCCAGGGAUCUCUUUGACUGUCACCUCGCACCAAGGAUGUUUUCUAACACACAGGAGAUGAUGAGGAGAAAAGCUGAGCAGGCAGCUGACCUGCAACAAGCACUAGAAUUUCAGAGGAAAAGAUUUCUGAAUCUGCAGUUGCCCGACAUGGACAGUGAAUCCUUUCUCCAUCACCAGCGUGGUCUUGUUAUUGGCUCCCCCGUUCAUUUUGCCUCUCGUGGCAAUCAAAGCUUGCUAUUUCGAUCAGAAAACACUAGUGAAGAAGUCAUCGAAGGUAAUGGUGAUUCAGGACAUUUUCAGUCUGAAGCA